AUGAAGAAGUUAGUGGUGCUGGGUCUGCUGGUCGUUGUCCUGGUGCUGGUCAUUGUUGGCCUCUGUCUCUGGCUGCCCUCGGCCUCCAAGGAACCUGACAACCAUGUGUACGCCAGGGCUGCCGUGGCUGCAGAUGCCAAGCACUGCUCGGAGAUUGGGAGGUGGGCCAGGAUGGAAGCCUGUGGGUUCUCACCCUUUUAUGUGCCACAUGGCGGGGACGCACUGCGGGACGGUGGCUCUGCGGUGGAUGCAGCCAUUGCAGCCCUGUUGUAUGUGGGGCUCAUGAACACCCACAGCAUGGGCAUCGGGGGUGGCCCGUUCCUCACCAUCUACAACAGCACCACGUGUGGCCCCCAGGCUGGCCUUUGCCGGCAUGUUCAACAGCUCGGGGCAGUCCCAGAAGGGUACAGGCUUUUCCCCACCACCGUGGUACAGCCAUGCCUGCCCCCAACACCACUGGUGCAGCCCCAUCCCAGCGCCCAUUCGAGCUGCUGUCCCAUUGCAGGGGGCAUUGUGACAGCUGAGGACGUGAACAACUACUGCGCUGAGCUGAUUGAGCACCCGCUGAACAUCAGCCUGGGAGACGUGGUGCUGUACAUGCCCAGUGCACUGCUCAGUGGGCCCGUGCUGUGA